AUGCAAUCAUUACUUCUUGAUCGUAAGUUAGGAAGUAUUACUCCUUUACAGUUUUCAAACAUAAUAACAGAAAGUUAUUAUUCCGAAGUUUAUCAAUUAGCAAAACGAAAUGUAUUUCCUGUGAAUUGUCAUAAGAAUGCUGCUGUGAAUACUUUAUCAUUAGAAACAUCGGAUUACCAAUACUUACUAAGUGGAUGUGGAGAUUCAUCAAUAAAAUUAUGGGAUCUUAAACAACAGGAUAUACUACGAGAAGAAAAUGAAGUCGAUGCUAAUCUACAUCAAGAUCCUUCCUCAUAUGACAAUUUCGAAUAUGAUAAUCCAAUAUCUACAUUUUCCAACAUUGCAACAAUCCCACAAAAAUCACAUCAUAAAUUUGGUAUUUCAUGUAUUCAAUGGUGGCCAUAUGAUACUGGAAUGUUUGCUAGUUCAUCAUUUGAUCAUUCAGUUAAAAUUUGGGAUACAAACGAACUAAUACCUGUACAUUCUUUUAAUUUAAACAAUAGAGUUUAUAACAUUGAUACUUGUGGAGAAAAUGGUUUAAUUGCUACUGCAAAUGAUCAACCAUUUAUUAGAUUAUUAGAUUUACAUUCAACUUCAAGUGCACACACAUUACUGGGUCAUCGAGGUAGAACUUUGGUGGUUAAAUGGCAUCCCAUAAAUCCAAACCUAUUAGCAUCAGGAGGAUUUGAUGGAGAGGUUAAAAUUUGGGAUAUUAGAAGAAGUAAAAGCUGUUUAUGCAAAUUGGAUAUGCUGAGAACUAACAAUGAUGAUUAUACUGGUAAAGCAUCAUCAAGAGCUCAUCUGUCUCCUGUCAAUGGAUUAGUUUGGGAUGAACUGGGAUCGAUUUUAUAUACUGCUGGAAAUGAUGAUAAGAUUAAAGUAUGGGAUAUGGUUAGUUCGUCGAUUCCUCCUAUUAAUAAACUAAUUAAUUUUGGACCAUUGAUUAGAAACAAAUACCCUCAAACUAUUCCACUUUUACUCAAUCCUAAAGGAGAAACAGAGACAGAAUAUUUGUUGUUUCCAUCAGAAAGUGGGGAUAUUUUCAUAUUUAGAACGAUUGAUGGGAAAUUAGAAACGCGUUUAUCACGAAGAGGGAGUAAAAAUUCAGGAAGAACUGUUUCUAUGUGUAAUGCUGGACCAUUCACUGCAAGAUAUUAUUGUGGAACUGUAGAUGGUGAAAUACUUUCGUUUGGUCAUACCUGGGAACAACCAGAUUUGUCGAAACUCAAUAUCGAGGACGAUUUUGAAGAUGAAGAUGGCAUUAAUGAACGGUUGAUAAAACAAUUCCAACUCCAGAAUCAACGUAAGCAGUUUUUAGCUUCAAUAGAUGUAGAGAGAUCUCCAUAA